AUGGACAAUAAGGCACGUACAGUAACAACUCGGAAGAUGCAAAUCCGAAUCGGUAUUAUUUUGGUGGCUUUCAUCAUUGUCUCUUCUUCAGCAGCUGAGGAUGCAGCGGUUGCGGCUGUUGCGGCACCGUCGAGUUGUGCCUGCAAGGUGUGUCCUAAAGGUCAAGUAUGUGAAAUGGCCUAUAGGAUCGGUUGCGUCUCUGGACAAUCUCCAUGCGAACAAUUUCCCGUUUGUGUACCUAGUGACAGAUCAUGUGCUGCCACAAAGUGCGACAGCGGCCAGAAAUGUUUCUUGCGAGAGGUUGUCUGCAUCACGGCUCCAUGCUAUCCUGUACCGUCUUGCGAAUAUCAGUGCCCAGAAAACGAGGAAUGGCGAGAAUGUCCAAGUAACUGCGAACCGUCAUGCUCGAAUCAAAGUCCGAUCUGCAAUCUCGCCUGCCUUCUAAAGCCGCAAUGUCAGUGCAAAUUUGGAUUCUACAGAGGUCCCGAUGGAAAAUGUGUUCCUAGUAACCAGUGCAAAGCCGACGCAACAUGUGCUACCACUAGUUGCGAUGAGUGCAAGAAAUACACAGAUGAUUGUGUUUGCGAAAUGGUGAAACCGCAAGGUUGUGUGGAUGGAAAACCAUGCACGCUUUUUCCUCGAUGCAUUCCACGAAAGCAGUCAUGCUCAGCAUCACCUUGUCCUCCUGGUCAGAGAUGUGAAUUGCGUGAAGUCGUUUGUGUAAAGGCACCAUGCUGGCCUGUAAGAGAAUGUAAUCCAUUCAAUUGUCCACCGAAUGAGGAAUGGAGGGAUUGUGCAGCAUUCUGUGAGCCCAGCUGUACGUCUCCAGCACCUUUAUGUCCAGAUGUUUGUAAGCCAGGACGAUGUCAAUGUAAGAAUACCUUCUAUCGCCGUAAUAACAUGUGCGUACCCUACGUACCCGGAUGUAAUGGUGUCACCAUACCUGGACCUGGCGGAUAA